AUGGGAUCGACCGGCGGUCCUUCGUUGGUUCCUACCUCUUCCUCUUCCUCCUCCCUGUCUCGUACUUUUACCUCCCCGUCAGAUGUCAAGGGUGUGUUGCGCAUCUGGGAUUCCGUCAUCUCUUCUACCCUAGAACGUUAUCGCAAUGGCACAGUGAACUGGAGCCAGGUUGUGUUUUUGACUACGUGCUUCGUCGCAAUGGCGGGCUGUGGAUUCUUGUCUUCCCUGCUACGACGCAGAGGCGCCCAGUCGCCCUCUGAUGGCCGUGGUAGGCGCUUUGGUCGUUCUGCUCGCAAGAAUGACCGAAAGAGCUCCGCUGGGGCCAUGUCCUCUUCUGAGGAGGACGAGUAUGAUAGCAAUGCUUCUUUGCGCCCUGGUACGGAUGGCUCUCUUACUGAAAAGGAUGCAACGGCUCAGCACCGUGAACAAUCGGUGGAAGCCCUUACUACCGACCCAGGUCUCUUAAAGAAGUACUCUUCGUACCACUCCUACUCGACAUCUGUUGCGACGUAUCCGUCCAUCAGGACGUUCUUCUGUCAGCAUCCGCAGAUGAGCAAGUUGCCUACCAAACCAUCACCAAUUCCGUUGCUUGUGUUUGUGCACGGCCUGGGCGGGUCCCUGGCGCAGUUCCAUCACUUGCUCACGAGCUUGACGAACAUUGCACCUUGCUUUGGAAUUGACCUGCCAGGAUGCGGUUUGUCGACGUUUGAGCCAACUUCAUGGGAUGCAUACACUGUUGAGGCACUGUCGGAACUGAUCGCCACCGCUAUUGAGCAGCACCGUGAUGUUGAAGCAGGCCAGGGAGUCGUGCUCGUGUCACACAGUCUGGGAUGCUCUCUAUCAGCACUGCUGGCUUCGUCUGCAUCCUCAAUUGGGGCUCAGCUCAAAGAGCAUAUCAUUGGCACCAUUUCCGUCUGCCCCCGCGCAUCUCCGCCGCCUCCUAAGGAUACUACCAUGUUCCGUCGACUUCUCUACAUUCCAAACCCUGUCUUUAACCUGUGGCGCACUUGGGACCGACGUGGUGGUCCUAACAGUGCCAGUGUCACUCGAUUCGUUGGAGCAGACGCCGAUCCCGAGACUAGAGAACUGCAGGUCCGCUUUAAUAAGCAGAGCAAGACCGCUGUGUGGAGGCGCAUGGCGUGGGGAACUCUUCCAACGCAGUACGAUAAUGAUAAGCCGGUUGGAGGAAUGCCAGGAGAGGAGGUCUGGGCAGGAAUACAAUCCCCAGUCCUGCUCAUCGCUGGCGAGUCCGACGCGGUCACCAAAGCGGCAGAGUUGAAGAAGAUCCUUCAAUUCUUUGGAGAUAUCAAACCAGACGAGAAGAUCGAACCUGAUAGCAGUGUCGUUCCUGAUGCUACUAGGGUCCAGGAUCAAAUCCAGUUCCCCGUCAACGGCCAAGCGCACGAAGUCGAAUACGGAGGUGAAGAGGAAACCGAAAAAGUAUCAGAGGACAAGCGGAAGCGCCCCGUCAAGACAGCAAUCCUCCCAUCCCCGGCCUCCCACGCCCUCCUCUACGACCGCGCAACUUACCGCACCGUCUCCGGAAUCAUCCAAGACUUCUUCGUCUCGCACAUCGACCACCGCCUAAGCCUGGGCUGGCAACUUCACCACCUGAAUACAUCAGGCAAAUGGGACGUCAAGAACGUCGCCAAAUGGAAGAAAGUACCCCCCGUCUCACAACCCCUAGCAGACACCUUCGUGGCCCUCAAGAUGCUCCGCGAAGUCGACGAGGAACACAACCCCGUCCGCUUCUCCGAACAACACCGCAACAACAUCUACGCCGUAAUCGAUAUCUCCCACGAGAACCCCGUCUACAACCCGGCCUCCCUUGAAAAGGGCGGCAUCCACUACCACAAACACCCCACCGUCUCCAAGAUCCCGCCAACACCCGACGAGACGCGGGACUUCAUCGCGCUGGUCGAUCGACUGCAAGCCGAAAUCACGAACCUUGUCGAGAAACGUCCAGAAAGUGAACGGCAUUUACCGCGUCCGGUAGUCGGCGUGCAUUGCCAUUAUGGGUUCAAUCGGACUGGGUUCCUGAUUGUUUGUUAUUUGAUUGAGAGACGGGGAUUUGGGGUUCAGGAGGCGAUUGAUGAGUUUGAGAGGAGACGGGCGCCGGGGAUUAGACAUGGGCACUUUUUAGAUACGUUGUUUGUGAGGUAUUGUGUUGGGUUGAAGAGGGCGCCUACUUUGUAG